CAGACGCACGCACGCACAGACGCACACACACACGCGCGCACGGAGACACAGACACGGAGACAGAGCGGAGCCAGAGAGCCGGAGCCCACAGCGGUCUGACGCACCAGCUCUGCCCGGACACGAGCGUUCAUCUCUGGCACAGACAGCCGCUCUGCCCGCGGGCUCCGGAGGCUCAGGUACGAUCAUGUCGCUGUCGGACGCUGCUCCAGCCCCAGACCUCGGCUUUAGUCCUGAUUCUGGGUUUAGUCCCAGUUCUGGGUCAGGUCCUGGCUCAGGGUUUAGUCCCGGCCCUGGGUCCAGUCCUGGUCUUGGGUCAGACCCGGUCCACAGCGCUGUGCACAGCCUGCUGCGCCUGUGUCAGCCCGGAGAGAGUGAAGGGUUUGCGCGGCGAGCGAUUGAGAGUCUGGUCCGUAAACUGAGAGAGAGGAGAGAGGAGCUGGACGCACUGGUCACUGCCGUCACCACCAGAGGACGCCAACCUGGACUCUGCGUGACCAUCCAGAGAACGCUGGACGGGCGGCUGCAGGUAGCGGGGCGUAAAGGCUUCCCUCACGUCAUCUAUGCUCGUCUGUGGCGAUGGCCCGACCUGCACAAAAAUGAGCUCAAGCAUGCCACCUUCUGUAGAUUCGCCUUCGACCUCAAGUACGACAGCGUCUGUGUCAACCCGUACCACUACGACAGAGUACCCGCUCCUACAUGUAUCACAGGUCCUCAGACUACCAUAAAGGAGGAGCUGGUGCAGGACUGUCUUCACCUGGACCUGACUCCACCCCCAGACCCCUACCAAACCCGCCCCCUCUCUAUGUAUCCCAGCAUGCACCUGUCCCCAGCAGGAGGUGUUGGCUGCAGUCCCGGAGUCGAGGUCCAGGGUCUGAUCCACAUGAGUCCAGGCCAGAGCCCCCCUCCCCCUCAUGCCCCAAGUCCGGACUACAGCAGCCCUGGGCCUGAGACUGGGCCAGAGACCGGAUCCGAAACCGGGCCACACACCGGACAGCAGGCCAACACAGACUCCUGGUCAAGUGUUAGCCCAGCUCCCUACAGCCCAAUUGGUCCACAGCCUCAAAGUGGGAGGGGCCCGUAUCCGUUACACCACCAUCCGCCAGCUAAUAACCAUUACUGGUCACAUCAGCAGAACAACGCUUCUUAUCCACCCCCUGUGUCCGGCCACCCUGGGCUGGACUUCUGGUGCUCCAUCUCAUACCUGGAACAGGACGUGAGGGUGGGGGAAGUGUUCAAAGCUCCGGCAGGUUUCCCCAUCAUCACUGUGGAUGGCUACAUGGACCCCUCCGGAGGGGACCGCUUCUGCCUGGGAAGAUUAAGCAACGUCCAGCGCACUGAGGCCAGCCAUAGAGCCAGGUUGCACAUUGGCCGUGGUCUUCAGCUGGAGCACCGUGGAGAUGGAGAUGUUUGGAUGCGCUGUUUAUCCGAUCACGCCCUCUUCGUCCAGAGUUUUUAUUUAGACCGCGAGUCUGGACGCACACCAGGGGGCGCUGUGCACAAGAUCUACCCCGGAGCCUACAUCAAGGUGUUUGAUCUGCGUCUGUGCCACAGAGAGAUGCAGAGGGUCUCGUACAGGGACCAGGACCACAGCAGUGGUCCUCACGUCGAUGCGCUGCGGGGCCUCUGUGUGUUCCGGGUGAGUUUAGUGAAGGGUUGGGGGCAGCAGUAUCCACGUCGCUGCAUCCAGGACACCCCCUGCUGGCUGGAGGUGCACCUACACCGUGCCCUGCAGCUACUUGACCAGGUGCUGCAUGCGCUUUCUCCACGGCAACACCACGACCUCUGACCCAACGGAAAGACCACAACCUCUGACCCCUGCCUCCAUGGCAGCGCCACCACCUCUGACCCCCCAGGGGGCAGUAGCAGUCCCACAGUCGUCUUCUGGGUUAGAGUGCCCCCUAGUCCAGGUUUGUGGUAGAAAAGGUUUAAUCUGGACACUGUUUAAGAAGUGGAGAUGUUUUGACUCCCAUCUGAAAGUCAUUUGCCUCCUCUAGGCAGUUUCCUCAGACCAGGAUCCUCAGACUGAAAUUGUUUCUGUCCCACAUGUCUCCAUUCAAAAACAGUGUGACCUUUGAACCUUUUUCUCCUGACUCCAGAGGCCGUGCUUCUCAUUAACAUCAAAUAUGAAAAAUAUAAUCAACCAUUAACAAGCCUCUACAUCUGUGUUCCUAAUGUCGGGUUUACACUGACUGCAGGGUGCGGGUUACUUGCAGAUUGUCUUUUACAGUACAGUGUACUGAGGUGUGUGUUUGACCAAAGUAGCGCGGGUUCUCCUGAUAACACGUCUAAUGACCUCAAAACCGCUCCAGACGGUGUUGUGUCUGAGAAAAAUAGACUCCUCACAGACUGUCUGCAGACCCACCCCUCAGCUGGACCCAUGCCACAGAGGUCAGAGGUCACUGUGAAAGGGCAGAUUGAAUUGAAUGACUUUGGCCUCACACAAUUCCCACUCCUGCAGUCGGUGUACACACGAUGUAAGCCGAUUCUGAGGCCUCCAUUUCCUUUGCACUUUGACUUUAAACAAAUGCUCUUUUAACGUCUCCACAGAUCUUACCUCGACAUGUUCUGACAGACGGGUCGCAUGACAGCACCUUUGGGGGCAUGUCUUUGUCAAACUCUGAAUGUCCAAAGAGAUUAUGCAAGAGCUCAGGCCUCCACCAGGGGUCACUGUGUUAGGCAAGGCUCCUGCAUCCUGCUAAAAUGCCUUUUCUCUCUGUAACCCUGUUCUAAUGAAAUGUUUUGCUGUGGGACUUUAACACUGUUCUAAUGAAAUAUUCCACAGUGGGGCAGAGGAGCCUCAGUCUCAGUGUCACUCUGUUGGAUCAGAGGAGCCUUAGUCUCAGUCUGUGGCAGCAUCGACCAAACAUUUUCUCUGGCUCUGUAAUGCUUUAAGUGACCCCUGUGUCCUGGUGUUAUGAUUCUGUGCAAAAGUUUAUGAUUAUGACAAUAAGAAAGAUACUCUAACUAGAGUCAAUAGACCUCUACCAGGGUGCUGGCCCUAUCUCGCAAUGGUACUUUUAUAUUCAUUCAGGGGUAAAUGCUCUGAACUGAAGACUAUAUCUAUGUAACUUCUGCAGUUAGUUAGGCCAUAUGGAGCAGACAGGAUCUUUGAAUCUGAGAAUCCAAGUUUAGUCCUGGACCUGGUUUAAGUGAUGGGCAAAAUGAAGCGAUCCCUCUAAAGGUGAGCCAAAUGAAGCCACGAAGUCAUGGAUCUACUGUUUGUGUGAAUGUAGUGUGUGUGUGUGAGCAGAGAACUUUUAUAAAUAUUCUCGUUAUUGUUAUAAUCAGCAAACAUUCAUACACACGGGUAAGGAAGCUUCUAAUACAUCUUCAUUGUAAUCCAUUCAAAUCCCCAGCAGACGGCUGGUGGUGCUCUGUGAUUGACUCUGAGGCCUCACUGAAAGAAACUUUGUGUUCCUCUAAUAAGACAAGUAUUGUGAAAGUAAAUAUCUUACAAUAUUUGUCUUUUUAGAAGAAAACACAAGUUUGUUGUAAAAAGAAGACAAAAUGAAUUUUCUAAACAUAUGAGGAUUCAUUGGUUCAUUUUUCCCAUCACUAGUUUCUCUUGGGUUUCGUGCUGAAAAUGUAUAAUUAUAAAUACCUAUAAAGUACAUUUAUUAAAACACUCAGACCCAUUAUUUUUGCACAUUGCGGUACAUUUGUAAAUGUUCUUGUGUUUCCAUCAGAUUAUAGACAGAUUAUGGACCAAUCAGGAGGCUUGAUGAACAGAUGUCAGUGUGGGGGUAGCACAUGGUUCAAACAAGCCCCUAACCAACUCCAAACCCAACUCCAAAGCUCUAUGACCUCAUUCUCAACAAAGCCUAGGACAUACUCUGCCAUAACUUUUGUUUCUGAAGUUUCUAAUGUCCAGUUCAUCAGUGCUUGGACAAAUGAUGCUUUCCAACUGCCUUCUGUGGAGAUUUAACGUGUGUGUGUGUGUGUGUUUUAUUUAUUCAAUGAGUUCUGACCAAAGAUGAAAGAUCUGUAUUAUCAAUGUUUGUAAUGCCAUCAGAAAUGACUAUAUGGAUGUGUGUGUGAUUUAAGGCUUUUGUACUGUUUAAAUGGAGCUUUAAGUGUAAGAAAUCUGUUACGUUUGUCUGUGGCUGUUUAUGUUUCUAUGAAAUAUUUUAAAGAUCAUUUUUAAACCAAGAAAAA